AUCGCCAGACAUGCCAAUCAACCCGUUGCAUACAGAUUAGACCCGCGUACCCAUUGUUGUUGUUGGUGAGGCCACCAGCCGCCAGCCCAAUCUGGGGUAAAUACACAAGACCAGGUUGUACGCCACCCCACAGAUUAAGAGACGCGAUCCACCCCCAGCGGAGUGCCAAGCUACUACGGACGCCUGAUGCGGCACAGUAUCCGUCUAUGCGAGGCUGCUGCGGUGCGCCUUGCAUCCCGCUAACCGGUGAGAUGCCAAGAGACAAAUCUUAAGAAGCGUCAAGACCCCGUGCAAAAGGCUUGUGUCGGAAGUCAUCGCAGAAUAUCCUCUCCCCGCGUUAAAACGACUGUCAUUAUCACUACGAUGGCAUCUCUUCUCCCGACCAUGCUGUUCGCAGCUAGUGCGACCGCGCAAGUAACAACCUCAUUCUGGAUGCCCCGUUUCUACCAGCCGGUAACCAAAAUUGGCUGGGUUGGAUCCGUCGUCAACGCCAAUGGAACACAUACCACCAUCGUCGCUGACUACGACAACGGCACCGAUACCUCUGCUCUCAAUUUAGGCGGUGGCCCAAUGACCAUGACUGUUGGCCCUACUGUUUUCGGCAUUGACAUUCCACUUCCAGCUGGAAUCGGUGGAAUCCUCGGUGACGACGACGGCGACAAAUCCUAUAACUAUUUCUGCAACUGGCCUACCCCAGAUGAGGCCGAUUCGAACCGCACAUGUACUAUAUCCUAUUCUGCGGAGCUAGUCGCUCCGCUUGUCUGCGCCGGAACGGUUUACGCCUCGACAUCGGAGGAGACGUUGACUUAUACGUAUACCUAUCCUGCGCGCGGAUCGGACCCAGCCGGUACCGAAACUGCGGAAUUCACCUUGACCUUACCCUCUGGCUCCGAGACUCUCUCUCGCACUAAUUUGCCGUCUGUUUGCAGCGAGCUUUCGAGUGGUGAGGAAGCUGACGAGGGAUACUCGUUCUCGACACCCUAUCCGGCGUCGGAUCUUGAGACCUAUUACCUUGUUCUUACUGCGGGGACGGAGAAGCUGGACGCGACUCAGGCGGCUACCCCUACUCUGUCGAGUGCUGCGUCUACCGGUACCGGAGAUGCUGCUGAGACGGGUCCCUCUGGGAGUGCGGCGCAGCCUGAAGCGACUGAGGGUGGCGCACCGAUGGCUACCGGUGCGCCUAUGUUGAUGGGACUUGGCGCUGCUAUCGCGCUUUUUGUUUGAAGCGUGUAAAGGCGAUGAGAGCUGACGAGGCGAUGAAUGCUAUGGAACCUUCGUCUCGUAAUUUCUAAUGCAGACUCCAAAUAAAAUCGAU